AGAGAGAGAGAGAGAGAGAGAGAGAGAGAGAGAGGGAGAGAGGGAGGGGAUAGUGAAAUAGAGAGGAGGAAAAAACAGCAGGAGGGGGUAAAAUAUAAGAGAAGAACACAGGAAACGGGAGGGAGAAGAGGGGUGGGGAGAGAUAUCAUAUUGUUCAUUUCUCCCUCCCAGUCUACACCAUCUCCUUCUUCUUCUUCUUCCUCUUCUUCUCCUUCCUCUUCUUCUUCUUCUUCUUGCUCGGUGCGUCCUGGAGAGAGGAGCUCGAGAGGACGGCUGACAGAGGGACGGACAGGAGGAGGGCGGAAUGCCCCUUUAACAAGCGUCGCAUCUGACUAAAACAGCGGAGCAGCUCGUAAAUCGGGAACCGGCCGGAGAGGGAGGCAGUGGUUUCUGCAGCGCCAAGGUGAUGUUGGAGAGCUUCAAAAAAAGAGUCUCCACAAUUCCACCGGUGACGCCAAAUCCACGCUGAUGAGACCGCAGAAAGCGACGAGUUCCGCAGUUUCCCGUUGGAGCUACACGACCAAGAGCUCGUCUGCGUCACCAACUUGUACAAUGUGGGGGGUGGGUGUUGCUCAGUCAUUCAUGGGCACUUCAGUCUGGUGAUUCUGUGAUUCGGACCAAGACACCCUGCAGAGCUCCUCGUGUUCUUCCUCCAUCGCUGCCGCCCUCCCUCAGCUUCCUCCUCCUCCUCCUCCUCCUCCUCCUCCUCCUCAGUGCACACAUUGUAAAAGGUGGACGGGCCAAUACUCCACUUACCCGAGCGCCGUCCGAUAGGUGAGGGCGGCGAGGGCUGCGCUGUCAUUGGCUGACUGCUGGUGAGAGUGCGAUGCGGAUUGGAGGAUGUCGGGGGACUGGGAUGAAGACCUGUGUAAGAAGGCGCUGGUGUUGGUGGAAGAGCUGUGCUUCAACUCCCCAAGGGGCUACAGCCAAAGCGAACGCUGCCAGGAGUUCAGCUACCUGCUGAGAGGUCGCAACAGACUGGACACAGAAAUCUCUGUCAGUCUGCUGUCGGUCAUUGUGACAUUCUGCGGCAUCGUCCUCCUCUCCGUCUCCCUCUUCGUCUCUUGGAAGCUCUGCUGGCUGCCAUGGCGGGACAAGGAGGGCGGAGGCCUGAGCCUGACGUCGGGGCUGCUGCCCGGAAGCGCCGGCGUCGGAAGCCUCGGAGGCAGCGGGGGGUCGUCGCUCUUGCCGCCUCUGCCGCAGAGGAAGGAGGGCCACUCCUCGUCCUCACUCUACCCCUCACUGGGCCAGCAGGGCCAGCACCACCCCCACUUCUCUGACCUGGUGGGGCUGGAGAGGGGGGAAGUUGGAUGUGUGGCUGGUGGGCCACAAGAGACCCAGGAGCAUUCCUACCUGGACAUGGACUCCUACCCCAACAACGCUGGUGAGAAAGGAACUCUGAAGCUGAGUCAGACGUCUCCGGAUGUGCCCAACACAGAGGGUGGAGCCCACCCACCAAAAGACCUGCCCAACGCUCAUUCCCAGCAGCAGGUCACCCCACGGUCAGUGCCCAAGCCCAUGACUCACCAGCUCUCCAGUCCUGAUUUCCACGGUGAGGAGAAGGAGCAGGUCACCAGUAUUGGGCAAAUCAAGCCGGAGCUCUACAGACCCAAGGGCGACACGGGCGAAGGCAAACAGGGCGACAACUGUGGCAAGAUCAGCUUCCUCCUGCGCUACGCCUUUAACACGGAGCAGUUGGUGGUGAAGAUCCUCAAAGCUUUGGACCUGCCAGCGAAGGACGCCAACGGCUUCUCCGACCCGUACGUCAAGAUCUACCUACUGCCAGACAGGAAGAAGAAAUUCCAGACCAAGGUUCACAGAAAGACCUUAAACCCAGUGUUCAACGAGACAUUUCAGUUCGGCGUGCCGCUGAAUGAGCUACAUUCCAGGAAGCUGCAUUUCUCUGUGUACGACUUCGACCGCUUCUCCAGACACGACCUGAUCGGCCAGGUGGUGGUGGACAACCUGCUGGACUUCAGCGAGGGCAGCGGGGACAAACCCGUCUGGAGGGACAUCGUGGAGGGCACCGCGGAGAAGGCUGAUCUCGGGGAGCUUAAUUUCUCGCUGUGUUACCUGCCCACUGCGGGCAGGCUCACGGCUACAAUCAUCAAGGCCACCAACCUCAAAGCCAUGGACCUGACCGGCUUCUCAGACCCGUACGUGAAGGCCUCUCUGAUCUGCGACGGGCGAAGGCUAAAAAAGCGGAAGACCUCCAUUAAGAAAAACACGCUGAACCCCACGUACAACGAGGCGCUGGUGUUUGACAUUCCCAAUGAAAAUAUAGAAAGUGUAUCCAUCAUCAUUGCAGUGAUGGACUACGACUGUAUUGGUCAUAACGAGGUUAUAGGGAUGUGUCGUGUAGGCAGCGAAGCUGAAGGCCCAGGAAGAGAGCACUGGACAGCCAUGCUGGCCAAUCCACGCAAACCCAUAGAGCACUGGCAUCAGCUUGUGGAGGAAAAAGCGAUUGGUACAUUUGUGUCGAAGAGCACUACAGCGUCCUCGCCUAAGCCUCACAUCGUCGUGGACAGUCCUCACUCCGAUUAAAACUGUCAUUACCAUCUCUCCAGCUCCAGACGUUUCUUUCUCUCCUCUCAUCUGUGAAUAAUUCUCUCCAUCAAAGAAAGAGAGACGUGGAGACACUGCUAGUGUCCGACUGCUAGUUGCUGUUUGCGCCUGCUAAUGAAUCCUCCACGUCCUGUGCCGGCUUUACCGAGGCGGAACACACAUCUACCACAAUCUACACUUUGCGCAUCAGACUACACAUUUACAAACACACACAGACCUUAAACGGAACAUUGGGGCUGAUAUCAGGUGUAAAUUUGGGAUCUACCAAACACAUAACUUACACACACACACACACACACACAAAAAUUCAACACAGAGUUUGUAGUAUGUGCGUAGUUCAUGUGUGCUUCACAUUAGUGUAGUUUUCAUCUAGAAGGAGUGUGAUGUGACAAACUGUUCUCUCUUCAAA